AUGUCAACACAUUCAAAUCACCCAUUUCAUUUAGUAGACUAUAGUCCAUGACCAUUAACAGCAUCAAUUGGAGCUAUAACAACAGUUGCAGGAAUAGUAAAAUGAUUUCAUCAAUAUGAUAAUUCAUUAUUCUUAUUAGGAAAUGUUAUUACAAUUUUAACUGUGUACCAAUGAUGACGAGAUGUUUCUCGAGAAGGAACAUAUCAAGGUCUUCAUACACUUUCUGUUACUACAGGUUUACGAUGAGGAAUAAUUUUAUUUAUUCUUUCAGAAGUUUUAUUUUUCGUUUCAUUUUUUUGAGCAUUUUUCCAUAGUAGCUUAUCCCCUUCAAUUGAAUUAGGAGCAAUAUGACCACCUUUAGGAAUUACUCCUUUCAAUCCAUUCCAAAUUCCUUUAUUAAAUACUGUAAUUUUACUAACUUCUGGAAUUACUGUAACUUGAGCUCAUCAUAGUUUAAUGGAAGGUAAUCAUUCACAAACUACACAAGGAUUAUUUUUUACAGUAUUAUUAGGAAUUUACUUUACAAUUCUUCAAGCUUAUGAAUAUAUUGAAGCUCCAUUCACAAUUGCAGAUUCAGUUUACGGUUCUACUUUCUUUAUAGCAACAGGAUUUCAUGGUCUUCAUGUAUUAAUUGGAACAACUUUUUUAAUUGUUUGUUUAGGUCGACAUUUAAAUAACCACUUUUCAAAAAAUCACCACUUUGGAUUUGAAGCUGCUGCUUGAUAUUGACAUUUUGUUGAUAUUGUUUGAUUAUUCCUUUAUGUAUCUAUUUACUGAUGAGGAGGAUAA